CUACCCUUUGUUGAUGAUGGACAUCCUCUUAGGCUUCUGUUUCCAUCUGUUCAUUAUGCUCUUUUGAUCCCUGCUUUCAUGGGACUUGGCUUUAUUGGAGGACUAAUAGUUUUUACUGUAUAUGCAAUUCACCAGCCAUGAAAAAGUGGCUUGUAAUUGGUGUCUCAGGUGUAACGUGUGGUGGGAAGACAACAGUUGCACGUUCUUUGCAUGAAAGCCUUUCAGGUUCAUAUCUAUUGUGCCAGGAUGACUAUUUUCUGCCUCCAGAUAGCAGAAAGCAUACAUGGAUCCCAACACUGAACCACAUAAACUGGGAGAUAAUGUCAAGUGUUGAUAUGAACAAAAUGUGGGCAGACAUUAAAAGAAUUACCCAGUUUAAUUUCCUGCAGCAUUUUAGCCAUUGCAAAAUACACGAAGAAAAAAGUAGUAAUGACCUACCACUGAUGAAUUUUGAAGCUUUAGCAGGUGAAUUACCAUUUCAUAUCUUAAUAAUUGAAGGAUUUUUGGUAUUAAAUUAUCAGCCGAUUGUGGAAAUUUGUCACUUAAAAUAUUAUUUAACACUUACCAGGGAUCAAUGCUGGGAAAGAAGGAAAGUUCGUAUCUAUGAUCCCCCUGAUGUACCUGGUUAUUUUGAUGUGUGUGUUUGGCCUGAGUAUGAAAAACACAGGGAUGAAGUUUUUCAGACUGUUGCUGAUGUUCAUAUUAUAGAUGGUACAAAUGAUGUGAGGCAAGUUGUGUCUAAUAUAUUUCUUGACAUAAUGAAAUAUAAGAAAAUUACCAUGUGAACUAUUUGAUUUAUCUCUAAUUUUCUUGAGAUUCAUGUAGCAAUGAAUUUUUUAUUAUGUUCACAAAACUUUCUAAGUCACUGUACAAGAAAUUCAAAAUUGAGAAAGUAUAACAUAUAACACAAACUACUUCUCAAUGUACAGAUCCCCAAACAAGAUGGAAGUUAAAUAAAUAAAAACUAGAUUAUAAUGUUGUGUUUUUAGACAUCUAUGUCAAGAAAUAGAAAUUUUAACAGGAUGUUCUUCAAAAUAAAUAAUGAAUUUGCACAUGGAUUCAGAUGUCCCUAUUUCCCAAAUAUUUGUUUCCUUUUAUAAUACUGUAGUCCUUUGAUAAUAUUUCAGCUUCAAAAUUCUGCAAUUUCAUAUAAAGAAUGCAGUAGAUAACCCCCUUUCAGUCUUGAUGUGCAAUAUAUUGGACAUGGCCUUUUACACAUGUUGUAAUAGCAAAUGAUUUCAUUCACCUUUUACACUCAGUAGCCUAUUUAUUGGACAUCUGUCACUUUUAGUUUCGCAGUUCUUGAUGACCUCUGUUGCUGGACUGCUGUACUACAUCAGAAAACAGUGAAGAUGAUGGACCCAUUGCAAAAUGCUCCAGGGAAGUCAUUUACAUAUUAAUUACUGCAAUAGGCACACUUCCUUGUGCUCGAAAGUGUUUGUUGAGAAAGAGUUAUCUGUAAAGAUUGAGUUUGUGGUAACUUU